CUAUAAUUAUAAUUAUGCUCUUUUAAUAAAUAGGGUAGAUAUAAUGGUGCCGAUUCUGGCGGACAAAACUUUAUUCCGAUAGCACUAAAAAUUGAGCCGCCCUUCACUUUGGCAAGUGUAAGACAAAGAAAGAGCUGGUUUUAGAAGUGACAAACUUUAUAUUAAUUAAGUUUGCAUUUUCCAGAAUCGGCACCAAUAUGUAAGUAACUUUGUCCUCCCACAUCAUGCUACAGGAGCGUGUCAAGUAUAUUACUGCUAUUUUAGCCUCUUUAAAAAUCUUUUUACUAGGUACCAGUUAUUUCCAGUAAUCUAAACCGCAAUUGCGGUGCUUUAGAACUUAUCCUUCCAUAUUGUAUUGCGUGGUAGUAGCUUUUCAUCACCACACGCGCACUUUUAAUAAAAAUGAAGACACCCAUGUGGCGCAGCAUCUCGUUCCUAUUGGCUCUAUCUCUGGUGCUAGAGAUUUCUGCACAACGGUAUGACACCAAAUAUAAGUACGACCCGUAUACGAUGGACAACAAUAUACCGAAAAUACGCCUAUUCGACACUCCUGAUGAGGAGUACACCAAACACGUCCACUCUUUGUUCGACGCUUACCGUGGUGACUACAGCGACCGAAUGGUGGUGGAAACGGAGACCGAUACCCUGAUAGGCACCACGUACCGGACGUGGAAGCGCAACGCAGACCUCAUCAACUCGCUGCUCGCGCUGCCCAAGGGAAUGAACGACGCCGGCCGUUGACUCCACAUUGUACAACGUAUAAGUACGGUCACGAGCAUUAAUAUGUAUACACAUUGGUACCAUGUCACAUUAACUUUUUUGACAAAUUGAACUGUAAGUCUCACCAAAAGGUCAAAUAUGUUAGUGCGACAGAGUCCUAAAGUGGGUACAUUAUAUUGCUCAUGACUGUACUCCUAUUUAGCAAAGUAUUUAUCGAUCAUUUAAGUGUUAUUUGUAAUAUUAUUGCGUUUCUCUAUUGUCAUGUUGGUUUUGUAAUUUUGUUAUACUUAUAAUUGAUUAUUUAUUAGAAAAAGUAAAAUUAGAUCUUCAAUUG